AUGGCACGUGAUGGAUCAUGGCAAUGUCCUGAUUUUGUUUGCUUGCAUAUCAAGUCGGUCAAGCGGAUGUGGCAAACGGUGGAGAUCCGAGGAGCCAAUUGGAACCUGGCAAGUCGAUUAGAGCCUAAAGAUAAGAAGAACAUGAACCACAUGUUGCAGCAAAUGGUCGGUCCAAACGUGUAUACGGAAUAAUGAUAUCAACAUCACCUAUUUGUAUGUAACGUUUAUACAAACCCAAUUUGCAUAUGAUCACCAUCAUUAUUCUUUGACAAAACGGAUGAGUUUUGUCACUGCUGAUCUCUUGUCACCCUUUUGAGAAUAUAAUAUAACUCGAUCUUAUCAAUCUUAGCUUUAGUAGAUUUCAAAUUUGGGGAAGUAAAUUCCUAACCCCACAACCUGAACCGAAUCCUAUCCGAUAAAAAAGAAUCUGAACUGAUCCAACAUUAAUACUGAAUGGAUCUUGUUUUAUCGUAUUUCGGGUUAUAAGUAUUAUCUGAACCGAACCUAAAUGGAUAUCCGAUAAAACCAGAAACAUUCAAAAUUCCAAAGAAGAACUUGUACCAAACAUGAUCUCAAUUCAUAAUAUAUAUCCAAAAUAUAUUACAUCUAAAAUAAUUAUCUAUUACAUGAAGGUUGGUGGUUGAAAAUGGCGGUUAAAACUUGAAGUUUUAAGAUUUUGGUUUUGUUUUUGUUGAAUAAUAUUUUUCAUUUCAUGAAAAUUUAGUUUUCGUUUUAUGCUUUCAUUUAUUCGGUUUUCAUUCUAUCCAUAACUAUGUUUACCUUUCGUUUGAUUUUGAAUGAUCACGGUUGAUGUUCGUUUCUUAUUUUUGAAUCGAUUUUAUUUAUAUUUUGGUUACAAAAUAUAUAUAAAUCAGGUAUUUUAAACCGAAGAAUCGAUUUUACUUAUGUUUUGAUUACAAAGUAGAUACAAAUAUGGUAGAUUUAAACCAAAAAAAUGAAUUGAGACCCAAACCUGAAAAUACAUCAUGUUGUACCGGUUUUUGAAAAUUUUCUAUCCUGAAUCGGUCUUGAACCAAACUUUCAUAUAAUCAGAAUGGAGGUGAUUUUG